AUGGACAGUACAGCCCCUGCGCGACUAGACCUAGUUAAAAUUGGGUACUAUGAUCCGUUUGGUAUAUAUCCGCGUAUCCAAAAUGACAUUUCAAAACGACUACCACUAACCAAUCUCCAUGUUCGAUUCAAGUCCAACCAACUGAUGAAAACGAUCCCUAAACUCGACGUUGAAUUCGUUGAAGAAGUUCCCAAAAAGGCAGACUACCAUCACCACCUCACUACUCAUGAUAUCAAGACCUAUGUCCGGCUCAUCUUUGUCCAAGUGGAUUCUUUGGACAAAUACCGUGGCCAAGUACGUCCUUUGAUUCGUGAAUGGUUGAAAAACUUGGUAUUAAGGACAAAUGAUUGUUCGUGGAUGAUUGUGUUGUAUGUUCCACUGGAUGGCAAAGAUCGACUGUCUUCGAUUAUCAAGAGCUCGUUUUUUGACAAGUUGAUGAAUGAUUUUGGGCCUGAGGGGAAGGAAAUGAAGACGAUUUUGCCAGGGCACAAUAGUAGUAGCAGCAGUGGCACCAGCAUUGCAAGAGCUGGCAGUAGUGACAACAUGGAAAGGGUAUUCAAAUUGAAACAAGUUCUGGAUGAAGAUUUGUUUGCGUCAUUUAUGAUUCAAUUGAGACAGUUACUUCUGAGUGCAUUUGUUGAUCGAUAUCACAUGUUUAAUGAUUUGAUUCAUAAACGCAAAAGCAAUGGUAUCAAAAGCCUAGCUGCUAAAUUAGAACUAUACAAUCUAUUAAAAGAUAUGAAGUUACUUCAAGAUGCAUUGGUGGUGAAUGAAGAGUUGCUUGUUGAUUUGGAUAAUCUUGUAAGUCACAAUCCAGGCCAGUUUAAUCAUGAGCUCCAGUUGAAUGCGUCGUCUUUGACCAAUUUCAAAUUUAAUGAAUUCAUCAAUGAGGAAAAUUUAAAACAACAAUUGAUCAAUUCAGAUGAGGAGAUUAAUCUCGUGCAGUUAAAGAGUUUGAUUUUUGCUAAUGAAUCUUACAUUUUACAAGAAUUGGCUCGUACUGCUGUGUCAAAUUCACUUGCAUCAAAACACAUUUCAAGACUUUAUCAACGGUUGAUGUUGUUUUUAAAUGAUUCGCACUUCAAUAAUAGUCAUGAGUUUGUGUAUUUGCUCAUUGAUUCAUUCUUGCGAAUUCCUAUUGUGCAUCAAUUGUUAAACGCAGUAAACGAUAAUAACGAUGCUGGUGGUAUAGGCCGUGAUGGAGAUGGCGAUGUUGUGCCAUUAAUUGAUGUAUUGGAAAUGCAAGCCGAGUUGAAAUUGUUCAAACGAACCGUAAUUGGCAAGAUUGCUAAACUGAAUGGUAUUGAAAUUGAUGGAUUACGUGGAAACUGUACAUUUGAAGAAGUGAAUCUAAAUGAUGAUACAACACAAGUAAGCUCCAUCCAAUCCACCUUGACGAACCACCAAUUGAUGGAAAUUGUGAAAAAUGAACAAUCAUUUGUUGACUACUAUUUUAACUUAACUGAGGAUAUAAUUGGUGAUUUUGUUAAAUGUAAUAGAGUUAAAUCAAUUGACAUCUUGUCGUUAGACCUAGCCAUACUCAAUUACAAUCAAGGCAAUUAUCAAGAAUGUUUGGAUACGUUGCAGAAUUCAUAUGAUUACUUUAUUAUGAAUAGCUGGAAUUUUCUAGGUGGCGUUUUGCUUGAGAUUUAUCUUGGUUGUGUUGAGAAAUUACGAGACAAAAGCAAGAAAAGUGGUGAAGAUGGCGUAGAUGGUGGCGAUGCAGAGGUGUUGAGAACUUGUUUGAAUUUACUUGCGUGUUUGGUGAAACGCGAUGGUGAUUGUGUGGGAAUAAAUUCAUACAAGUUGGUACGUAAUGCCAAACAUGUUGCUCAGUUGUUCAACAAGAUUGACGAGAAUUGUGGAGAGGGGUUGAGUGAGCCAUUGCUGUAUCCAUUGAAUCAUUUCUUCAAAGCAAAAGUGAAACCAUUUGUCAAUGCGAAUGAUGCUACUCCAGGUGAUGAGUAUUUCAUUGAAGUGGAGGUGUACAAUUUAUUCAAUGUGCCAUUGAAAUUUACAUCGAUGGGGGUUACAUUGAUGGAUGAUACUCAGACGCAAUUGUCGUUCAAGGCUGACGAUAUUCUAUUGUCUGCAUCACCUGAGGUACAAAUCUUUAAAUUGUAUACUCGAGAUAUCAAAUUUGGGUUGUUUGCCAUUCAUAGAUUGAUGAUUGCCUAUAAUGAUAAAUUGUCAUUUAUUCAUGAGUACUCCAAUAACGAUAAUGAUGAUGAUGAUGGGGGUGUUGUAGCCGUGCCUGAUAAUUCGAUUUUUAAUGAGACUGUUGUUGAGCACAAGCAUACUACCAAUUCCAAUUCAGCUUUGUCGAAUGAUGUAUUGAUUUUCCAAAAUGUUUACAAAUUUCAAGCACAAUUCGUAGCGUCAAAAGUGGUUGAAUUGGGUACUAAUGCAGUAUCAUUAGUGUUAAAGACCGGAUCAAACGAUGUAUCCAAUAUAGAGAUACGUCUUAGUUCAAAUACUGACGGAGUUCAACUUUCACAGCCUCAUUUAACCAUUGAUAAACUCGAUGCGAAACAGAAACAAACGCUUCAAAUACCAUACACUUUUUUCAAUGACUUGAAAUUAAUCAAUAUGCAAGCACACGUUAGUUACCUUGCUGAUGAUGUAACAUAUACUGCUCAAGUAUCAUACAAUGUUGACACAAGAUUAGCAAUUUCCGUCUCAGUGCAAGAUGUAUUCAAGACUCAAUUUUUUUACUCGAAAUUUCAAGUAGGAACUGCUGAUGCCAAAUCGCCAAUACGAUUAGUGCUGCAGAAUUUGGUCAGUGAUGAUUAUGAAAUCAAACUGCCUAGCGGUGAAUUGCGCAAUCUCGUCGCAUUUGGUGAACAGCCUAUUACAUUUUUUUACAAAAUUACCCCUCGUGUGGGUCACGCUAUUGAUGAUGAAGAUAAGUUGGAUUUAUCACUUUGUUAUACCAAUUUACAAGAUGAAUGUGAACAACAAUUGACUGAAAUUGUAUGGGAUUCGUUGUCGAAUUCCAAUGGUGGUGGACAUUUGAUACAUUAUUGGUACUUGAUUAAAGAAACAAUCUUGUCUAAAGUCCAAUUUGACUUGAACAAGUAUGCGGUGCAGAAUGUGUUGCAAAUUGUCAAUGCCGGGUUUGUUCAAUCGUUUGCUGAUCGUGUCAUUGGUCGCUAUGUGGAACAUGAGUCAGAUCAAGUACAAUUGCAUAAAAACUUCGUCAAUCUUGCCCCAGGUGGAUGUAUUGCAAUGCACCCUAGUUGCAAGCUUGAUAAGCUAGAUACCAUUCAACAUCAGCUAAACAUCAAAGUUGCGGUGCCUAUUUUAAAGUAUCUUCAUGUUGUUGAAUACGUGUAUGAAAGGAAAACGUAUAUUGUUGGAGAAUCGAUACCAGUCACACUACGAAUCAAAACGGUGACGAAGUGGUCAGAUGGGAAACAGGUUUUGGCUGUGUCAUCGCCAUCGAGGUCAACCACUAAUGCUAAUGAUAACGAUACAGAAGUGAUUGCACCGCCGUCGCUUUCCAAUGCAGAAAAAUUCCAAGCUAUGAUACAACCGGACGAUAAUUGGUUAGUAUCAGGAUUUAAAAAGCAAACAAUAAGCAGUCCCGGAGUGGAGGCUAGCGACGUAAGCGAAGCAGGGGAUGCAAACGACGAUGCCCCGCCAUUUCAAACUUCGUUGGUGUUGAUUCCUUUACAUGUGGGUAAGUUGUACUUGCCCAAGAUCGUUGUGAGUCCAAUUGAAAAUGGUACAAGUGGAGGAGUAGGAGCUACGAGCCAAUCCGAUAUUGAAUUUGUCAAUGGAUGCGAAACCAUCAUGAGUGUCCCUGACGUUCGAAACAUUCAAUUUUCAUUUUAG